UAUCCCCAAGCACAGGUUACUCAUUAACUGAUUAAGCCCAACCGAGUUUUCAUUUGAAAAUCUGGUCUUUCCAAAAUGGAGGAGAGAACAUUGCUCGCAUUGAUGGUCUUUUCCUCACUCAUAGUAUUAGCAGAAGCUAUUGCUCAAAAGCAUGGUAUUGAAAUCUACAGCCUCCACAUGGACUGUAAGGUCACAUCACGAUUCGCUCACACCCUCAUCACCAGCAAAAUUGUCAACCGAGCUAAUGAGUCCAGAGAGGCCACCUUUGAAGUGGAGUUACCCAAGACAGCCUUCAUCACCAACUUCUCCAUGUCCAUCGAUGGUAAAGUAUACCCAGGAAUAAUAAAGGAAAAAGCUUCUGCUCAAAAGGAGUAUAACACUGCAGUCUCACAUGGGCAGAGUGCCGGCCUUGUCAAAAUCACAGGCAGAAAGCUGGAGCAGUUUCAUGUGUCUGUCAGCAUCGCAGCUGCCAGCAAAGUCACUUUUGAGCUGACAUAUGAGGAGCUGUUGAAGCGGCAGCUGGGGAAUUUCGAGCUGCUCAUCAAGGUCCGACCGAAGCAGCUUGUGAAGCACUUCCAGAUUGAUGUGCACAUCUUCGAGCCACAGGGCAUACGCUUCUUGGAGACAGACAGCACGUUCAUGACAAAUGAGUUAACUAAGGUGCUCACCAAAGUGCAGAACGAAACCAAGGCUCGUAUUUUAUUUAAGCCAACUGUAGAUGAACAGAAGAUAAAUCCUGAAUUUGAUGAAACCCUCCUCAAUGGUGAUUUUGUUGUGCGUUAUGAUGUUAAGAGAGAUGCCACUGCAGGUGAUAUACAGAUUGUCAAUGGGUAUUUUGUGCAUUACUUUGCACCCCAAGAAAUGCCAGUGUUUCCCAGAAAUGUCGUCUUCAUUAUAGAUCGAAGUGGCUCCAUGGCAGGCAGAAAAAUUGAACAGACUAGGGAUGCCCUGCUGAAGAUUUUACAAGACCUCCGCCCAGAAGAUCGUUUCAGCUUUAUCACCUUUAACAGCAAAGUGGUGGAGUGGAAGACCUCUUUGCUGCCAGCCACUGCAGAGAACGUGGCAAGUGCUGCAGGAUUUGUGCAAACCCUUUCUGCUAGUGGAGGCACAGAUAUCAAUCAUGCCCUGCUGACUGCUGUGAGUGGGCUGGAGAAAACUGAGGGGCUGCCGGAACGGAGUGUCUCCAUGAUAAUUUUGCUGACGGAUGGCUAGCCCACUUCUGGUGAGAGUAAUGUGGAAGUUAUUGAAGAAAACAUUCAGAAAGCAGUCAAUGGGAAAUAUGCGCUCUUCUGUCUUGGCUUCGGGUUUGAUGUCAGCUAUAAGUUCCUGGAGAAAAUGGCCCUAAGCAAUGGGGGGAUAGCACGUCGUAUAUAUGAAAAUGCUGAUGCAGCCUUGCAGCUCCAGGGAUUUUAUCAAGAGGUGGCUACCCCAAUAUUAAAGCAAAUUGAAAUGCAGUAUCCAGGAAAUGCCAUUGAGGGAUUAACAAAGAAUGAUUUCAAGCUGGUUUUUGAAGGAUCUGAAAUUGUUGUAUCUGGAAAAAUUAGCAAUGAGCUUGAUCUUUUUCCAGUAGAAAUUAAAGCUCAGUCACAUUCUAGUGACUUGACUCUUAAGGAAGAAGCAAAUGUCAAAGAGAAGGAGCAAGUAUUUCAAAAUCAAAGUUACAUCUUUGGAAAUUUCAUAGAGAGACUGUGGGCUUACUUAACCAUUCAGCAGCUGCUGGAAAAAUCUAUUUCAGCACAAGAAGAGGACCAGAAAAGCCUGGAGGCUCAAACAUUAGAGCUGUCUCUGCGGUAACCCCUCACUUCCAUGGUGGUCACCAAACCAGCUGACCAAGAGCAGAGAGGCCUGGCAAACAAACCCACUGAAGCUGAUAAUGAGAAGUGCAACAGUGUUCCAGUAGGAGAUGCUUACAAACUGAGGAGUGCAUCACUUCCUGGUCAAUGGUGCUCUGAGCCCCAGUCUGGCGGCAACAAGAAGCUGUUGUCAGUAGUUGCCAGGCAAAGAAAAACAAUGAGAGCACAACCUGUUGUCAAUGUACAUUCACAGCUUCUCUUCCAAUUACCCAAACAAAAUGAAAUAGUCUGUUUAAAUACUGAUGGAAAAGCCCAGCCCUCUGUCAACCUGCUCUCAGAUCCGGAGCAAGGACUCACUCUGAUGGGGAAACUUGGAGACAGAACAAAUCACUUUGUGCAGUUUGAAAUCAACUAUGUGAAUCCCCCUGCCCAAAUCCACGUCUCUACAGAUGCAAUUGUCCUGCGCCACAAUAAUGAGAGCAGAGCACUCGGCUGCUGGACAGAGUUGGCCACCUCCACCAUCCAGGGGCUGAGCAUCUCGGUUGAAAAGGAAAGGAGCGUUACAGCAUCAUUGUCUGAUACAGUCACGGUAAAAAUUUCCCUUAUAAAGUUUCCAGAGGAUUUCCUUGGGCUGCAUUUCCUGAACACUGACCAUUUUUCUGACAAAGUCAGCGGAGCUCUGGGUCAACUUUAUUCAAAAGCACAAUUUGAGAGUAAUUCCAACAUGAAUCAGAGAGCUGACGAAAGACUCCUCAGUGGACUUCAGCAAGGCUUUAGACACUGUCUCCCUUGGCAUCCCCCUGGGCAAGCUCAGGAAGUGCUGGCUGGACAAGCAGAUGAUGAGGUGGAUUGAGAGCUGCCUGAAUGGCAGUACAAGAACGAUUAGAGCCUUGAGUCGGCCAGUGAACCUGUUUCCUGCUGGUCAAUAGAUCUAACUCCCUAGAAAAGAGUAUUCUGGGAAAGAAAACUAUGCAAAUGAUGCUCUUCCAAAUACUUUUUCUCAUCAAGAAAACCACACAGUUAAAGCCUUACCUGUUACUGCAUACAAAUGUCACAAAUCUUUUACCUUGAAAUAAUUACGCUUUCAAGAUGAGAAUGCGCUUGCUUGUUAUUUUAAACUGGUUCAUAAUACUCAAUGGGAUUAUGUUGCUGAAGAUUUAUGUGAAUGGACUGAAUAAAAUCAUCAGCUCUCAGUCUGAUAUGAACACAUGGACUUAGGUUUCCAACUAAAAACAAGUAGUGGCAUCACCCAGCCCAACAAUUUGUCAAAUAAAUCCACAAAUAUGUCAUGCAGACAGUAAUAGAUUUCUAAAACAUA